AUGUGGAUGUGCGGGCAGUGCGCCAAGAAGACCGGCACCGCCUAUGCGAACUUCGCGUACCGCGCGGAGUGCCGCAUGUGCGGCAGCCGUGCGCCCAAAGGAGUUUUGGAGAAGUUGUCGCAGCCUGUGGAGCACAAGUACGGGGCGGACCGGACCGCUUGGCCGCAGGACCAGCCGCAGCUCCUGGAGUGCGCGGCAAUCGUCGACCAGGCGGAGGCGGCCAAGAGCACGGACGGGAACUUGGGCGUGCGCCAGAUCCUCAUGCGCCUCUCCGACACUGAGCGGAAGCUCGAGCGUGCGCAGGGCCGCAUCGACGCCAUCAAGCUCGAGGCGGCCGAGGUGCAGAAACGCCUGGAGGAGGAGGAGGCCAUCCUCAAGGGUCACCGCGACAAGAAGAAGGAGCUGGAGGAGGCUCGGGACCGGGCGCAGCUGCGCGAGGCGAGCGCGCGGCUCCAGGCAAUCCCAGCAGGGGAGGCCCGUGGGCGCGCGAUCCGAGGCGGGAUCGCGAAGACCGUCACUGCCGGCGGGCUCAACGAGCACACGGAGCCCGGUCUCAAGGCCGAGGUGGAGGCGGCCGCCGAGGUGCUGGCUGGGCUCAUGGAGCGGGUGGCGGCCCAGCCCCCGCCUCAGCCGUCCCCGGCACCGGCCGCGGCCGAAGCGCAUGCAGGCGCUGGCGCGCCUGCUGCUGCCGCUGGCGCUGCUGAUGAGCCCAUGGCACCUGCCGAGGAGCCCGUCGGGCCCGACCCCAACGACGACGAGCAGGAGUUCUGGGACAGCAUCGGCCUGGGUGCUGCGGCCGCCGCUGCGGGCCCAGAAGGGCGCGCUGACCUGCUGGCCCGGCGCAAGCGGGCCUGGGAGGCGGAGGACCUGGAGCUGUGGACAGCGAACACAACAGCGUGGAGCUCAGUCGUGCGGUUGCUCGACUGGUGGGUCGUGGACGGUGGAGGCCGGCCGCCCGACGUCGUGUGCUUCCAGGAACACCGGCUGAAGCUCGAGGGCAAGUGUGCCUCGGCGAG